AUGAUCGGCGACAAAGGCAUGGGAUUCCCUACCGAUGGGGUCGACAAUAAGGGAUGGAAGCUCUACAUCACCUCGCUGGUGAUGAUCAUCACGGCGGGACUGUUUGUGAUCUUUAGGGUUACAACCCGAGUCACGAUGAACAAGCUCGGCUGGGACGAUGCCGCUGUCGUUGUGUCAUUGGUAAGUUUGUUCUUCUUCGUCUGGGUCGCUCUGCUAACUUCAUUGCGGCUGUGUUCCAUUGUCGUUUCGGUUUGCAUGCAACUUGCCAUCCACAGUGGCUAUGGCAUGCACAAACUGGACCUUACUCCGCCUGAGCGUGGAACAGCUCUGAAGAUGUUCUUCAUUGCUCAAACUCCAUACAAAGUCACAGUUUGUCUCAACAAGAUAGCAGCCAUCUUGCUCUACCUUCGGCUCUUCGUCUCCAAGGACUUCCGCAUGGCCUGUUUCGUGGUAAUGGGCAUCAUCGUGGCAUGGAGUAUCGGUGGAGUUGGCGCAACUAUUUGGCAGUGCAUCCCAAUCGAGGCAUCCUGGAACAAAAAUAUCGACGGCAAUUGCAUCGACUCCAACAAGUUCUGGAUUGCGUACGCGGUCAUGAACAUUCUAACGGAUGUCAUGGUGCUCGUACUCCCUAUUCCUUCCAUCAUGAGACUCCAGAUGAGUAUGCGCGACAGACUACUGUUGUGCUGCGUUUUUCUUCUCGGAGGAUUUGUCACAAUCACAUCGAUUCUCCGAACGACGUCGGUACAAAACUCGCUCAAGAACAAAGAAGACAUCACCUACAACUUCAUCGAACGUGGAAUGUGGACCCUUAUCGAGGCGAACAGUGGCAUCAUUGCCGCUUGUCUACCAGUUCUCAAGCGCCCAAUGAGCAAACUGUUCCCGCGAGUAUUCGGCUUCACCAAGAAGAGCUCCUCAUACAACACCCAUAGCAAUUCUAAAGGCUACAACCUUUCCAACGUGUCUGCCUCAGCAUCACAUCCUGGUUUCUGGAGAGGGGCAACAAGGAACGAGCAGCUGGUUUCAAUCACUGGCCCCGAAUCGAGUCCAGAGAGGAAGAGUGACGAGAGACAUAUUGUGGCUGAAUCUUUGAAAGGCAGCGAUCUCGACAGUGACAUGGAUAGCCCUGCUACAACUAGCAAUAGGGGGAUGAGGGGGAUUUCAAAACGGAUUGAGGUGACUAGAAUUUCAUUUCACGAGGAUAAUGGAUUAAAGCAAUAG